UAUAAUAAUUAUCUCUACGGUAGACUUUACGGUUUAGGUACGGAGAGACAGGGAUAGUUCACUACCGGAUGUAGUUCGACUAAAUAUGGCCGAAGCAGAAGAUUUGACUCCUGACCAAACGGAGAAAUUAAUUCAAUUUCAGGAUUUAACUGGAAUAGAAGAAAUAGACAGAUGUAGACAAACUCUUGAGAGACAUAAUUGGGAUAUUGAAGUAGCUGUACAAGACACAUUUAAUGAACAAGAAGGUCGACAAUCAGUCUUCAAUGAACCACCUGAAGAGCCAAGAACCCCUCCUAUGAAUCUUGAACCCACAGAUCAAAGGAUAUUCACUGUGCAGGCUCAACAACCACAGGGCAUUGUACAGUGGGGAUAUUACAUUAUCACUCUACCAUUCAGAUUUGUUUACACUACAUUGUUAGAUAUCAUCAGAUUUGCAUUUCAAAUAUUGCGGCCAGAUCCUAGAAGAAACCUUAAAGCACUGUUCAGUCUCACUUCAGAUGUAACAGACCCAGUAGGUGAUGUAGUGCGGUUCCUGCAAACAUAUAAUGAGAAGUACGGAGAAAACCAUCCUGUGUUCUAUCAAGGUUCAUAUAGUCAGGCUUUAAAUGAUGCAAAGACAGAGCUUCGUUUCCUAUUGGUAUAUCUACAUGGUAUGGACCACCAGGAUUCAGACAGAUUCUGCAGAAAUACUCUCGGCAAUGAAGACGUUGUUAACUUUAUUAAUACCUCAAUGUUAUUUUGGGCUUGUGAUACCAAUAGUCCUGAAGGCUAUAGAGUGAGUCAAGCUUUACGUGAGAAUACUUACCCAUUUUUAGCAUUAAUUGUUCUGCGUCAGAACAAAAUGACUGUUGUUGCAAGAAUUGAAGGACCAAUAGAGGGUGAGGAGUUGAUACAUAGAUUGAGGGCAAUAAUGGGAGAAAAUGAGGCAUCAUUGGUAGCAGCAAGGGCAGACAGAGACGAAAGAAGUUUUAACCAGUCAUUAAGGCAGCAACAAGACGAGGCUUAUCUUGAAUCUCUUAGACAAGAUCAGGAAAAGGAAAGAAAAAAAAGAGAGGAAAGAGAACUUAUUGAAGCAGAGGAAGCUAAACAAAGACAGAAAAUUGAAGCACAUAAACAAAUGUUACAGGAAAGGGAAAACCGCAAGGAGGAGCUGAAGAAUGAAAUUCCUCCAGAACCCGAGAAUGGUCAUGCAGAAUCUGUCCGUGUUGUUCUUAAACUACCUAAUGGAACAAGAAUAGAAAGGCGGUUUUUGAAAUCUCAGUCAUUAAAAUAUCUGUAUUAUUUCACAUUCUGUCAUGAAGAUUGUCCGGACGAUUUCCACAUUGUUACAAACUUCCCGAGAAAGACAUUACCAUGUGAACCAACAAUUGAAUAUCCUGAACCAAUCACAUUUGAAGAAGCUGGAUUAGGAAAGAAUGAAAUGCUUUUUGUCCAAGAUAAUGAAUCUUGAACGUCAUUUAAUACGAUAUUCUGUGAUAUUAGAACACAAUAUAAUGUUCAUGCUUGAAGAUACUUCGUCUUAGUGUAAAAAUGUGAAAAUCCAAGGUCAGAAAGAUGACAUUGUAAGGGGGGAUAUUGUCCAUCUGUCUGUCCGUUUUCCUGUUGUGAUCAAUAUCUUACAACCAGUUGGUCAGAUUGUUAUUUGAAAUGAGACAGAAUUUUGUUUAAAAUGCCAUCAUGAUCCACCAAAUUGUUGAGGAGUUAUUGCCCUUUGUUAUUUAAAAUAGAAAGUUUCAUGCUGCAUAAUUUCAGUUUGGAGCAGUAACUUUGUUAGACUUUAUUUAUACUCGACUCAUUAUAAAUAAAUAUAUAGGCGCAUGAUAAAUGCCAUUAAAAACCAAAUUUAUUUUUAACUUGUGAGGAACCUAGACAAAACCAGUGCAACUCCAGUUUAGAUUAUAAGGCAAUGUUGUGUUUUCAACUUACAAUAAUAUCAUUAAUGAUAAUCUUUUACUAUUUUAAACUGAUUGAUAUUUGGUCAAAUUUCUAGUGAUAUAAAAUUUUAAAAUGAUUGAUGUUUUGUCAAGUUUUUAGUUAUCUUUAUAUUUUAAAACGAAUAAUUGGUCAAAUUUCUGAUCCUUAGUUUAUUGUAAAAGCUUAUUUUUUCUGAAAAGAAUUGUGUAAUGUUAUAGUUUGGAGAAGUGACUCCUUAAAAAAAACAAGUUUCAUUAUUUGUUUAAUUUUUUUCUACUUGUUUAGCAUUGCCAAAUAAAUCAGGUUGGAUUUUCAUUCCUAGUCAUGGGAUUCAUUGAUUUGGAUUUUUUUUAUCUCAAAACAACAUUUAUUGUAAGAGCUAUAUUGCUUGUCUUUAUAAAUAAAAUAUAUCAAAUUGA